AUGAAGGCUCACCGAAACAAGUGCGCCAAGGAGCAGGUGGAGUGCCCGUUUGGCAGCAAUGCUUGCAUUGUCACACGUUCAAAUGUUGAAAACCAUAAGAAAGAGUGCGAGUUUCGACCGUAUACGUGCGAGUACUGCGGGACUGAGGGAACCUUUGCCUCAAUAACUGGACAAGAAAACUUCAAAUUCUACCAGCUCCUCGAGGGUUGGCACUACGAUGAGUGUGAAAAGUUCCCAGUAGACUGUCCGCAUGGGUGCGGGGAGAAGGGCAUCAAAUGCAAAGACUUGAAGAUUCACAGGUGUCCCCUUCAGCCUGCCGACUGUCCGUUCACCCACAUGGGCUGUGUUGUUAAGACGUCACAGAGAGAGAUGGAUGCCCACUGCCGUGAUAACAUGCAGGAUCAUCUACUGAUGAUGGCCAGAUCUCUUCAAGAACUGUCGGACAAGAACAAAGAUCUGGUGCAAAAGAACGAAGAGCUCACCAGUAAGAACGAAGCACUCUCUCGCAAGGUUGAAGAUAUAGACAAGGAGAUGCUUCAAAAAUAUGAAACUCUUGGUGGUAAAAUUAACCACUUGGAUGAAAGGUUUAGUCGUCGAUAUGAGGACCUUGGAACAGAGGAUUGA